AUGGGCGAAAACACUUCCAACUCAGAUCGCCUACCCACAUUUGCGUGGGUAACACUUGUUACUCGCGCCAGCUACCUUCCAGGAGCCACUCUUCUCGCACACAGCCUCAAGAAGCACCAAUCAAAAUACCCGCUGAUCGUUCUUACCACGCCUGAUUUUGAAAAAUCUCAUGUAUCCACUCUUCAGCAAGAAUGCAUUCUCACAAACUCACGUCACAUACAAAUCUCACCUCUGGUCCCUCCCGCACACAAUUUACCGGAGACACUUAUUGCACCUCGCUUUGAAGAUACUUGGUCAAAGCUGCGAGUUUUCGAAUUGCAUAAGUAUGGAUGUGAGAAACUGGUAUUUCUGGACGCUGAUAUGCUUGUGAGGAGGAACAUGGACGAGUUGUUCGAUAUGGGGUUACCCGGAAGAGAUUGGAUUGCGGCUAAUCAUGCUUGUGUUUGCAACCUGGACCACGAUAGCUGGGCCCCAGAGGAGUGGAACAAGGAGAACUGUGCUUAUACUGGUUUGAGUCCUGAGAGUCCACCGACACCCGUACCAAGUCCUGGAGGGAGCAAUGGCAAGAGAACACACGCCUUGCUAAAUUCCGGCUUGUUCAUCUUCCAACCGUCGCAGUCUCAGUGGGAAGAGAUGAUCAAAUUUCUCAAUGAAAAUGAGGAAGUCAAAACGUACCUCUUCCCAGAUCAGGAUUUUUUGGGUGACUUUUUCAAGGGCAGGUGGAAGAGUUUGUCGUGGAAAUACAACGCGCUGAAGACAAUGCGGUACUGGCAUAAAAACCUUUGGGUAGACGAAGAAGUCAGAAAUCUACAUUACAUUGUGGAUAAACCUUGGAGUCGGCGGAUUGGCAGUGAUGGUAUUGCAGGGCACCUCGGAAAAGAUGGAAUGACACAUCAGUGGUGGUGGGAUGAGUUUGAGCAAUGGGAGAGAGAAAGAGAGAAGAUGGGAAAAUCUAAGAUUCUUGAGAUAAUGAGGACUGCUGUGGCAAAACCAUUACAAAAUGGCCAAGAUUAG